UCAUGGAUCCACCUCAAAAGCCGGCGGAAAGUCUCCGGCUAUUUAAAAAACGUUACUCCCUCUUUCGCUCUUCUUCCUCCUCCUCCUCCUCUCUUUCUCUCUCUCUAUCUAUAAAAUCACACGCAUAGACUCACAUGCCUAUUUAUUGAAGGCCCGACAGCUCUGGCAGGCCCAGGCCGACGGGGGAUCUUCGGGGGAUUUGGAUGCGUAUCUUUGGCCUGAUUCCAAGUGGUUGUUUGGUUUGGAUGCGCGGUAGUUUGAAUGAGUGUUAACUGGUGUUCGAGCUCUGCCUCCUCUUGUUUCGGGAACUGGUGGGCGUCUUGAUCGGGGGUGCCGCCGAGUUUUGGUUGGGUUCUUGCGAGGAUGUUUUCGUUGACGUGGAGCCAGAGGGGUUUGGAUCUUGUAUCUUGUGGGUGCCCUUCGAGUGGAGGCGGCGGCGGGAGGACGCGACGGAGGUCGGUUUCGCGGCGCAGCGCUGGUGCUCGCUGCCGGGUCUCAUCGACACAGAAUGUGGAUGUUCAUAGCUUGGGGCCGCCUGUUGGUGUCAACCCUUUGGUAUCUGGUGCCGGACCCAUUCAGAUUUCUGCUUUGCUGGAAGCGGUUUCCAACGACCUGCAGCAGCUAAACAAGAAUCUGAAAUCAAUUAUUGGAUCAGAAAAUCCAGUUCUAGUAUCUGCAGCGGAGCAGAUAUUUGGUGCUGGUGGAAAGAGGUUGAGGCCCGCUCUGGUUUUCCUGGUGUCAAGGGCCACUGCUCAAAUUGCAGGUUUAAAGGAACUAUCAGGCCAACAUCAACGUUUAGCAGAAAUCAUCGAGAUGAUCCAUACAGCAAGUUUAAUACAUGAUGAUGUGUUAGAUGAAAGUGAAAUGCGAAGAGGGAAGGAAACAAUUCAUCAGCUAUAUGGGACACGAGUAGCAGUACUGGCAGGAGACUUCAUGUUUGCACAAUCUUCUUGGUACCUCGCAAAUCUUGAAAACAUCGAAGUUAUAAAACUUAUAAGCCAAGUUAUCAAGGAUUUUGCUAGUGGUGAAAUAAAGCAAGCUUCAAGCCUUUUCAACUGUGAUCUUACGCUGGAAGAGUAUUUGCUUAAGAGCUACUACAAGACUGCAUCUUUGAUUGCAGCAAGCACAAAGUCUGCUGCUAUAUUUAGUGGCGUCAGCAGUAGCUUGUGCGAGCAGAUGUAUGAAUAUGGAAAGAACCUGGGCCUAUCAUUCCAGGUUGUUGAUGACAUUCUUGACUUCACUCAAUCGGCUGAGCAACUUGGCAAACCAGCUGGUAGCGACCUGGCGAAGGGAAACUUGACUGCCCCUGUAAUUUUUGCAUUAGAGAUGGAGCCUAGAUUACGAGAUAUGAUUGACUCUGAGUUCAGUGAAGAUGGUUCAUUAGACACUGCAAUACACUUAGUUAAUGAGUGCGGAGGAAUCAAGAGAGCUCAAGAUCUAGCAAAAGAAAUAGCUGACUCGGCAAUCCAAAAUCUUCAGUGCCUCCCUCAGUGUGAGUUCAGAUCUUCACUUGAGGGGAUGGUGAAAUAUAAUCUUGAAAGGAUUGACUAGAAAAGGUUCUAUUGUUGAUUGGAGUAAAGCCACUCAUUUGACUCCAGUGGGAAAGAAAGAGGGUGCAAUGAUGAAGCAACACAUUGGAUCUAUGCUGCCUAGAAUUGAUUUAAUCAUUGAUUUAAUUGCAUAGGCAUGUUGCUAUGUGUAAGGUGUUUGAUCAUUGGUUGAACAACUACUGUGACAUUCUAUCCUGAAUAUUUAGUGGGGCAGAAUAUAAUAGUUUCUCUUAUACGAAUAAAAUUUAAAGUUCGUUCA